AGAAAGUGAGGGGCUGGGAGGGGCAGGCUAGGACGUUUUUUUCCCCUCCUUUGAAUAGUUUUGUUCCUACAGUUGUAGAACUGAAAGCCUACACUGAGAAUUGAAAAAAAUGCAUCAAUUAUCCAUUGGAUUUUGUGUGAUUUUUUCCCUACUUCAUGGGAGCUGUGCACGCACAUUUAAAGAAGGAGAGGAAGUACAAGUCAGAUGUGACCUUGAAGCCUUUGGCUUGAUGAUUUUAUGGUUUCGAAUAAACGAUGCUGGCCCAGAAUUCUUAUUUACUACUAAAAACAAAGAUAUAAAGGUCAAAGUUGAAAAUGAAAAUUACAAAAUUGUUGAAACAAGUGGGAAGAUGCAUUUGGUCAUUCAGUCUUUUGAGAAAAAGAGAGAUAGCGGUGCGUACAGUUGUGCAGUAUUUAACAACAAUAGGCUCACCUUUGGAAAGCUCUCAAAUAUUAAGGGAGAACCAGAUCCAGCAACACAACCUCCAAAAAUUGCUCCAACAACAAAGGCAAAGCCUGAGGUGGUGACUACAGUGAAACCAAAGUGUACAUGCAAGAAAUCAGAAAUCAAACCUUUCCUCAAUUGUGAGAUUUGGAUAUUGUCAUCUUUGUCGACUGGCUGUGGUCUGCUCCUCAUUCUGCUGAUCGUCACAAUUUUGUACUGCAACCGUUUAAGAACAAGACGUUGUCCCCAUCAUUACAAAAGACAACCUCAAAGCAGACCUGCUGACCAUGCUAAACUGCCCAACAACCACUUCUAGCGCCGAUAAAAAUCCAGGAAAGUCCAAGAAAGUAAAGAUUUCAUUUUCGUCCUUUGAGUAUGUUUCCUCUUUCAAGACUAUUAGGUCUGUAGAGCCUUUGGUCUUAUUUGCAGCUGUUACAUCUACUGAUGUUUUUGUGUUUUUUUAUUUUUUUAUUGCAUUUUUUACUGAUGACAAAAUGUUUUAUAAUCGAUUUUUUAUUCGAUGUGUACACUUAUGUUUGGUUAAAAUUAAAACUUGUUCCUUGUUACAUUAUACUGUAUGACACUGCAAUGCAUCCCCUACUUUGGUGUGUGAAUUGUAAUGCUUAAAAGAGCAAAUCUGCCCUCUGUUUGCAAGAGGUUGAACAGCAACUCAAUAAACAUUAAACAAAAAUUAUGUGCAUAGCCACUCAUAGAAUGCAGAUGUCAAAAAAAAAAAAAAAAAAAAUUUUUUGGUUUGCUAUACUGAUUCACAGUAUAAUUUCAGUAAAAACAUACAAUACAAUUCUAGACUUGUGUUUUUAUAUCCUGUUCAUACAUAUUACUACAUUCAGUAGAUAAAAAAAAUUGAAAUGCACACAAAUCAUGCCACAAAUUAUUUAAUUUCUCAUAUCAAAAGACUUGUCCAUCCAUCCAUCCAUCCAUCCAUCCAAUCAAAUUAAGCCCUUAAAGGGAUAGUUCAACCAAAAAUGAAAGUUCUCUCAUCAUUUACUCACUCUCAUG